AUGGUUGAACAAGAAAUAAGCAGAAAAGGGCCAUGGACAGAACAAGAGGAUUACAAACUAGCCUAUUUUGUUGGGUUAUUUGGUGAUCGUAGAUGGGAUUUUAUAGCAAAGGUUUCAGGUUUGGAAGGUGGCGGGAGAGAGUAA